AACGCAGCUGUCAUAUUUAUUUGGCGUUUAGGAUGUGACACUCGAUACCUGUUGACACGACAAUCUCUGAACGUUAAUCCAAAAUUUAGUUGUAAAAAUGGCUAUUCAAGGUGUAUUAGCAGUUACUGAGACUGUGAUGUACUUUGUCGUUGGCAUAACAGGACUCGUUGCAGCCAUCACAGUUGGAAUUUCUAGAGAUGCCUUCAGUAAUCAGUGCAUCCUCUACAGUGAAAUCAAAUGGUGUAACGACACAGCUAUGGGUUUCACAGAUCUGGGAAGCAACACAGCUUGUUCAUUUGCAGUUGGCAUUGAAGUUAUUGCUUCUCUGUAUGCCAUUGUGUUUGGUAUCUACUACGCUCUCAUCUUAGUCGGCAAGAUUGAAGGAAUCAAAUACCUGACAAUUCCCAGCAUUAUCUUCAAUGUGGCUUUCACAUUAGUCCUUUUUGUGGAAUCUUGCAUAGUCAGUGUUGGUUUUAAACAGUUCUGUGAUGGUCUUACUUCAGGUCCCCAUGUAAAGGAUUGUUCAAAAGGCUCCAAAGUUUCCAACUGGAAUAUAGCUGGAGCCUGUAUAGAUAAAGGCUAUGUCUUCAUGCCACAUGAUACCUACAAUGGAGAUCUGUACUUUGGAUUCUAUACAACCGGUCAGAGCGCAUCUUGGUUCUCUGUUCUCUUCUGGUUGAUCAUCUCAGUCAUCUCCAUCAUCAGACGUGUCAAAGACAAACCAAGUCUGGAUAUCAACUCCGACAAAUCACCCAUCACGUCCAACGUCAUCUAAAAGCUAAUACCCAUCACAUUGUCUAAAUCUUUUUGAAAUCCUGAUCUGUCAUCCAGUAUAUCCAAGACAACCCUCCCUUGAUCCUAACUCUGAUGAAGAUCUCAAUACACCGAUCAGCAUCAUCUAAACCGCACCCCCCAUCGUCGUACCUAUCGCUGCACCCAUCACAUCUUGUGAAGCUCAGAGUGAAAGAUAGAUCUGUCAUCCAGUGUAUCCGAGACAACCCUCCCUUGAUCCUAACUCUGAUGAAGAUCUCAUUACACGGAUCAGCGUCAUCUAAACCGUACCCCCCCCCCCCCAUCGUCGUACCCAUCGCUGCACCCAUCACAUCUUGUGAAGCUCAGAGUGAAAGAUAGAUCUGUCAUCCAGUGUAUCCGAGACAACCCUCCCUUGAUCCUAACUCUGAUGAAGAUCUCAAUACACGGAUCAGCGUCAUCUAAACCGUACCCCCCCCCCCCCCCAUCGUCGUACCCAUCGCUGCACCCUUCACAUACUGUGAAGCUCAGAGUGAAAGAUUGAAACUGAUUUCCUCUUUGAAGUCCUGAUCUGGUUGACUAUAUCACACCAUUAUAUCAUCUGGCGUUUCCGAGAUAAACCCAGCCUGAAUCCCACCUAUGUAAUGACAAAGCAACCAUUACACCCAAUGCUGUUAUGUUAGACCUUGUCCGGCAUACAAACCAUAAGCUGAUGGUCAGAGCUAAGAAAAAGACAUGACUUUGUGUAUAUUCACAUCCAUGAUUGAUGGAAGAUGUGUAUUACCAACUCCCCCAAAGUACUCAUUUUGUUUUCAUGUUCUUGAUUGGAUGUUUAAAGUCUAAUUUUUGUAUUGCUUGCCUAAAAUACCAUUAUGUCAUGGUAUAAACUGAAUAAUGUAUUGUUUGUGAAAAUGGUAAAGACCAUUAAGUUUACUUUUCUUGAAUGUCCCAAAUUAUUUUUCUCUCCAUAGCGAUGCAUUGAUGUGAAAAUUCAUUGAGCAUUAUAAAGUUUAGUAUUUCAAGCAGAAAUGAAUACUGUUCAGAAGUUCAAAAAUCAAAUAAUGUGAAUUUAAAACUGAAUGCAUCAAUUACCAACUGCUAGCUUUUAAGAUAACUGUAAACAGAAAACUAUAUCCCUUUAAGUUUCUAUUUAAUUUAGAUAUAAAGAAAUUAUUGUACAAAAGGUUUAGAAACAUUGUAGCUAUCAGUAGUAUUUUUUUUAAAUCUAGUGUACUAAAUACUAACCAAAGAUAAAUCUGGCAGAUACGUAUGCCAAUUUGCAUGGGAAAAUGGCAUGUAAUUAUUUUGUAAAAAUCUGUGUUGUAAUCAACACAAAGGGAUUCUGCACAAGUCCUUUAAUACAGGGAUUUUGUAACAUUGCUGUAAAAAACAAUAAAAAACCAAAAUGUCUUGGGAGAUGAAUUAUGUGAAUUUAAAAAAAAA